UUUUUUUUAUAUAUUUCAGUACUUGAACCGACCUUUCCAUAUCGUGAUGUGACCAUAAAACGCGGCGUUGAUGCAAACGAACAGUUUGAAAUACUCAGCGAAGUUGGCAGAGGAAAGUUCGGCACAGUCUACAAAUGCAAAGAGAAGUGCAGUGGCCUUAAAUUAGCCGCAAAGUUUGUGCCCAUUCCUAAGCGUGAAGACAAACGAAAUGUGGAGCGUGAAGUAGAAAUAAUGAAUUCCCUACAGCAUCACUUGAUAAUACAGCUCUACGCCGCGUUCGAGUACCAGAAGAUGAUGUGUGUUGUGCUGGAAUUAGUUGAAGGUGGUGAACUUUUCGAUCGUGUGGUCGACGAUGAAUUUGUACUUACAGAACGAGUAUGUGUAGUCAUCAUUCGACAAGUUUGUGAAGCUAUGGAGUUCAUACAUCGAAACAAUAUACUUCAUUUGGAUCUCAAGCCAGAAAAUAUAUUAUGCCUCACUCAAGAGGGCAAUCGCAUUAAAAUAAUAGACUUUGGCUUGGCACGAAAAUUUGAUCCUGACAAACGGUUGCAAAUUCUUUUCGGUACUCCCGAAUUUGUCGCUCCGGAGGUUGUGAAUUUCGAUUGUAUCUCAUACGGCACGGAUAUGUGGAGCGUCGGUGUUAUUUGCUACGUGCUUAUUUCAGGACUUUCACCAUUUAUGGGCGAAACAGACAUAGAAACAAUGGCAAAUGUAACAAUUGCCAAAUAUGAUUUUGAGGAUGAAUCCUUUAGUAAUGUUUCCCCUGAGUGCUUGGAUUUCAUAGCAAAAUUAUUAGUAAAAGACUUAAGCAUACGUUUAACGGCCGCACAAUGUUUGGAGCACACUUGGUUACAACGUAGGCCCAAAACAAGUCCUAAACUGUCACCGAAAGCAACAAAUAUAUCAGCAACAAAAUUAAAGGCUCCCACUCCAUCUCCAAUACUAGAACAAAAUGAUUCGGAAGAUGAUGAAGAGGAAAGUGAGCAUGAAAAUAACGUUGAAAAUUUAGUUGAAGAAUGUAGCGAUUUAAUGGCAGAAUCCAAUAUCAAUGAAACUAUAGAUGAGGUGCUAUUGAUUAAGAUGAGCAAGUGA